CACGAAUUAUCAGCAAACAGGGAUAGCAACGACAAGCGGUAUUUUUAACCGCUUUCCAUAAAAUCUUCAGAAAACUAACCUAGCAAUGAGUUUAGCAUUAAGAGCAGAAUUUGCUUUAGACAAGACAAAGAAAAAGAAGAAAAGAGAAUUAGCUGAAGAACAGAAACAAGAAAUUAAAGAGGCAUUUGAUUUAUUCGAUACAGAUAAAGACCGAGCUAUAGAUUAUCAUGAACUCAAGGUUGCUAUGAGAGCACUUGGAUUUGAUGUCAAGAAAGCAGAUGUGUUAAAAAUUUUACGAGAUUAUGACAGAGAAGGGACGGGUAAAAUUUCAUUUGAAGAUUUUAAUGAAGUCAUGACAGAUAUGAUGUUAGAAAGAGAUCCACAAGAAGAGAUAUUGAAAGCAUUUAAACUAUUUGACGAUGAUACAUCAGGAAAAAUUAGUUUACGAAAUCUAAGAAGAGUGGCUAGAGAAUUGGGAGAAAACAUGACAGAUGAAGAACUGCGAGCAAUGAUUGAUGAGUUUGAUAGAGAUGGAGACGGUGAAAUAAAUGAAGAUGAGUUCAUUGCCAUUAUGACAGGAGAUACAUAAGACAGCGGAUCUCUAUGUUAGUACAGACCUGACAAAUGUGCAUUUAGUACGGAUACAUAAAAUAAUAAAUGUGAACAUAUGUACAGAUGUGCAUUUAUUAUGGAUACAUAUAAAAAACAGAUGAACAUUUUUGCAGAUGUGCAUUUAGUAUACAUGUGUGUGAUUAUCAUUUCACUUUACAAAUGUACUGUGUCAUCAUCAUUACAGACUCAUGGAUAAUGUGUUCAGUUUUAUUGUGCAUCAGUAAGAAUGAAGAUCAAUUUACACUAUUCUACAUUCCUGCAAAAUAUUAUUGAUUGACACUGAGAAAAUAUAUGAUAUUUCUAUUAAUAGAAACCAGCUAGCUACGAUCCAAAUUUUGAAACUAUUUUACAAGAUAUUGAUAGAGUUGCUCCUAAAUUUGUAAAAAUAAUGAUACAAUAAUAAAAAUGUUACAUGAAUUUGGAAAUUUGUGAUGUAAGGGAAAAGAUUGGUGUAUGAAUUCUUUAUUCCUGGUUUUAAAAAUUGCAUAAAAAAUGUCUUUCCUUUGGAUUGUGAAUUCAUUUUAUAACGAAAUCCAUGAGAAUUUGUUAGAGAGGAUACAUAUUUUUUGUUAGAGAAAGUUUUGUUGUUUCAGGGAUUUUUUAACUUGGUAAGAUAGAACUACUGUUGAAGCUUGUAGAUGUCAAUUUUCUUUUUCUUUCUUUAAGUACUGUCACAUUUCUUUGAUAUUUCAACUAAAAUUUUGUGCUGAAACAUUUUUCUAGUUCACAUUAUUUUUUUUGUAUAUUCAAAUCUGUUGUUUUUUCCCACCUUUAUUUAAAGAUCAAUUAUAUUAUGCAUUUUAAAACUUGAUGGUGUGAAAGAGGUAUUUGUGAAUAUUUGUAUUUUAUUUAAAUAUUUUUAUAUAAACGAUUGCUAGUUUCCAUAUUAUAUAAUAAAAUUAUUAAGAAUUUUA